AUGGGAUGUGGGAAAAACUGGAAUGUAGAUCUGAUUCUUAAGUUCCUGCUUGCAAACGCCAACUCCUGCCAGAUCGUCCUCCCGCAGACGCACCUCAACAGGAAGUCAGAUAUCUACGUGUGUUUGCUGUCCUUCGCUCAUAACGUGGCAGCGGAAGGCAACUACAUUGAUGUGGUCAGCACGAUGGUGGAAACCUGCUACCCGGAGAAGGAGGUCCAGCCCGGUCUGGAGCCCAUCGUGGAGAAGUUUGUGUCUGUCAGUAACCUGAUGGUCUGGACAGACGACGGCCGCAGGAGUCCGAUCUUCAUCUCCCGCUCAUACGACCACAUCAUGGAUCUGUACCGCCGCGCCACAGGCUCCGAGUUCAUCCUCAGGGACCCCAGAGAGACCGACGCUGACGACUGAACGAGCGACACCACUAACACUAAUGAAGAAAGUGUUGUUUCUUCAUUAGAUUAGCGUUGAUCAUCAUUUCAGUCGUGUGCAGUUUCUCCAGGUGUGGGUCAGUGGGGUCUACGGUUUCUGGUUCCUCUCCUGUGUUUUACAGAAGAGGGAGAGUCGUAGAU